AUGAUGAAAGUUGGCGAAGUCUUUUUACCUGAUGACCAGGAUUUUCGGCAAUUCAAAGCGGAAUGUACAAGUGAUCAAGGCUGGACUAUUUGUUAUGAUAAAUCAUCAUGUCGGGUAGCAACAAAGAAGAACUCGUCAUCACUGUUUGAUGUCAUCCGUGUUCAAUCGGAAUUUAGCGGAAUCUCAGGCGAUUUACUCUAUGAUGUCAUUCAUGACGGACAAUAUCGCUCAACAUGGGAUACGGCCAUGCUCGAAUGUUAUGAAAUUUGUUCUGUUUUACCGAAUAGUGAUAUUGGCUAUUAUUCAAUUAAAAGUCCAGCGCCAUUCAAAAAUCGUGACUUUGUGACACAACGUUGUUGGUUAGAUUUUGGAUCGAAUAGUGAAAAAUAUAUCAUCAACCAUUCUGUUAAUCAUCUUCGUGAACCACCGCGUAAAAAUUGUGUUCGUGGAAUCUCAUAUUUAACCGGUUAUUUAAUUAUACCGUCAGGAUCGACAUCAUGCACUUUUUACUAUAUGACCCAAUCUGAUCCGGGAGGUAGUUUACCGGCUUGGCUUGUGAAUAAAGUCUCGAAAGUACUCGCACCAAAAUUGAUGAAAAAAUUGGCGAAAGCUUGUACAAAAUAUGAUAAAUGGAAAGCGAACAAUCAACCAUCGCACAAACCGUGGCUAUAUCCCGAGCAGAUGACCCUUCCUCGCUAUAAUCCUAGUGAAAUUGGCUCAUUUGAUGUGAAUGAAACGUUAACCGCUUCUGCCAAUACAGGUGAAGCAAAUGUUGGUGAAAAUGCUGUUGAAAUCGAUAGUUUCGUGAAAGACGAUUAA